AUGGGAUCGCGCAAAGAACGUCCGCAAUCGUCUCCUGACAAUGACGAUGGGUGGGAAUACGAGUACUCGACAACAGAAACUGAGACCUAUUACUUAACUCUAGAUCUAUCGGUCCGCGACUUUCUCGAACGAAGAACGGACGAUGUUGUCCACAACACAAGAACCGGUUAUCGCGUAUGGUACAACCCCCUGUUCAACGCGCCUGAGCAACACGCCUCAAAUCCCGAUCUCCUUGACGAUAAAGACGCCGACGAUGGGGAACCUCCAGAACGAGAGGAGGUGGACCUCGACACAAUCGGCGCGCCGCAGCCGCAAGAACCGACCGAACCUGUAAUUGAUCCCUCGCUCGGCCGGCCGGCACAGAAACAAGACGUGUCGGACGCGAAUACAAGCAAUAAACCGGAAGAGGAAAUCCAAAUAUUAGGUCUUCAUUCCAAGGAGCCAAUCGUUUCAUACCGCAACCAUGUGUUUCGCGGGUCAUGGUGCGAAAAUAUUGGCACUGAGAUGAUCUUUUCGCGGCACGACGAGGCGACUCCUCUCCCGGCUCUGCGCCAUCUUCCCCACAAUAUGGAUUUGAUUGCGGCAAGCGCAACAAGGAUCAACUUCCAGGAGGCGACGUUGGUCUCAAAUGAGGCUGGCAUGGGGCGAGAAACAAUGUUCCUGGGUUUUGGCUAUACCGAAGAGGAUAUUCCUGAGCGGUACAAGCGAAACGGGGGGAUCUACGUCCACAUUGGCGGAGACAAGAGCGGCCAGCGACAACCGCAGGCGCACUUUCUGGAGGACCUCAUUGCGCUCAAACGAAAACGCGGGGAGACGGACGAAGUCACCGUCUUGCCGUUGGAGACACGGCAGAACAAACUCAUGGUCGAAGACGAAGAGGAGGAGCGGCGGCGGAGGAAGCAGCGGCAGGACCAUGCGAGGAACGUCAGAUGGCGCGACAAGCGGAGGGAGGAGCGGGAGAUGGGAAUUGGGUCGCCGGAGCGGGAUUACAUCCCGAGGAUGGGCGGCAGACGAGGGUGGCCGAAGAGGGCGAGGCGCGCUGCGCUUAUUCGAAGGGAUAGUGGUGCGAUCUCGCGCGGCAUCGUUUUCACCCUCUGGCUCCUACCACGCAUCCUCAAUCCAACACCACCAGAUGCCGAGGAACGCCAACGGGAUAAGCAAUGGGUUGAUAGUUCGCCGAGUUGGGUCGAUCGGCAGGCUUGCCGAUGGCUCGGCCUGUGCGGGAUACAACACAUUCGCUGGGAUGCGCCGUCGCUGGACACGCAGCGGCCGUCCACAAUGGACGAGCUCAGGUCGUUGGCCUUGAGUCUGAGCACAUUUUGGGUGUUUGGGGCGAGGCCUGGGUUCAGCGACUGGGAGACGGCCCCGGGCCGGCAGGACCGGAGACGAUCGCUUCAUACAAAUAAAGACGAGGGUGCGCGGAUACGGGAGGAUGUGCCGGACUACGUGCUGGACUAUGCGCCGUUGGUGCAUCUCUACUCGGGGGAGAAUUUCUGGCCCUCCGACAUUGCGGAGCAUGUUCAGCACAUUAAGCCGUACGUGAACGGGUCGAUGGUGAACACAACCGAGCCACUGGGUUUGCAGAACCUGGGGAGGUUGAACGCGCUGAAAGGGAACGUCCACGGGACCAGCGACGAUGACGUCGAGUCCCGCCCGGCGUGGCUCCACAGCCGAUUUUCGAUCCCGGGGCCUUUUGAAGACGAUGGAAACGAGGACGGGGAUGUAGAGGAACCGCCACACCGGCCAGAUGAUGAUACCUGGUGGCAGGACGUCGACCGCGAUCACCCACCCCAUCGCAUUGUGCCGCCUCGGGGGUCGCGUGCGGUCCGCCGGAGACGGUCACUGUCUGGGGAUCAACGGCCGAUCGUGUGGACCCCCCCAGAAAAUACAAAACAAGGUAUCAAGCCAAAUCCUAGCGGCUACUCCGAAGCGCCUGCCGUUCUAGUUCUUGUCGACAAGGGCUCCGGAAUUUUGGACGCCUUUUGGUUCUUCUUUUACAGCUACAAUUUGGGCCAGACGGUGCUGAACAUUCGCUUUGGGAACCAUGUCGGCGACUGGGAGCACUGCAUGGUACGUUUCCAAAAUGGCGUGCCGCGCGCCAUGUUUCUAAGCGAGCACGCCGGCGGCAAGGCAUACCUGUGGCAAGCACUUGAGAAGCGCGCGCAAAAGGACGGCAAGCCGGCGCGCCCCGUCAUUUACUCGGCCGUGGGCAGCCACGCGAUGUAUGCCAACCCCGGCAUGCACCCGUACGUUCUGCCGUUCAAGCUGCUCAAGGACAUCACCGACAAGGGCCCCUUGUGGGAUCCGUCGUUGAACAAUUAUGCGUACUGGUACGACUACGAAGUCAACCGGGACGAGCAACACAACGCCACGUUUGGCAGCGGAGAGCAAGAACAAACCAGCCUGGUCCCAGCGGCGUCGAACCCGGACCUGCCAACCUCGUGGUUCCACUUCGAAGGCACCUGGGGUGAUGACAUCUACCCGCUGAGCGACCAGCGCCAGUGGCGGUUGUUUGGCGAGUACCAUUAUGUUACGGGACCGCGGGGGCCCAAGGCCAAGUUCCUAGAGCGGCGCAAGGUGUGCCAGACAGAGAAGUGCACGAUUGUGGACAGCAUUGAGGCGGGCAAGAAGUCGGCUUGGUAUUAG